UUGGCAACGAUGGCGGGUCCGGGGCGCACCAAGUUCAUCAUGAUGGUGUCGUACCACGGCACGGGCUUCGUGGGCUGGCAGCGACAAGCAGCGUCCGCGACGGGCGGCAAGGUCAUGCUGAGCGUGCAGGACGUCAUCGAGGACGCGGUCUCGACGAUCUAUCGCCCGCAAGGCGACCGCAUCAACGUCACGUCCGUGAGCCGAACCGACUCGGGCACGCACGCUCUCCAGCAAUAUUGUACGUUCGUUCUGGACGAGUCACCGGCGCACGACCCUGCGACCAUGUUGCGCGAGAUCAACGCCUCACUUCCUGACGCGGUGCUGGCGCAGACGCUGGCCAUCGUGCCGCCCAGCACGUUCAAGCACCGCACCAAGUCCAAGUUGAAGAAGUACGUCUACUACAUCCAGCAAGGCAAACGGCCUGUGCACGAAGCGUCGCCGUACUCGUGGUUCAUCGGGAAGCGCCUCGACUUGCCCAAGCUGCGCGACGCCUUGAGCCUCAUUACAGGGACGCACGACUUUCGCACGUUUUCCAUGGGGCUGCAGAAAGACCACUUUGUCGAUAUGAACACGCUCCGGACCAUCGUCGAGUGCAAGGUCGUGCCGCGUCGACAUGUCGACUUUUCGCUCGACUUGACGCGAUCGGGCACGGGCCCGAUCCUGCCGCAGGACCCCGACUCUCUGGACGAGAACUUUGUCGUGUGCAUUGAAAUUACAGGCAACGGCUUUCUCCGGCACAUGGUGCGGCGCAUCAUUGGCACCUUGCGCAGCGUCGGCGAAGGGCGUGCCGGCCCGGACCUCAUGACGCAGGUUCUGAACGGCAACAUCGAGCCUGGCCCGUCGGUGCCGUCGCGCGGUCUCUGGCUCCACCGCAGCUGGAUGACCCAAGCCGAGUACGAGGCCGACCAGGCGUUGUAAUGUGAAAGGGUCGUUUGAUGCUCUAUUUGUC